AUGGGGGCGGGGAAUGGGGGCGGGGAAUGGGGGCGGGGAAUGGGGGCGGGGAAUGGGGGCGGGGAAUGGGGGCGGGGAAUGGGGGCGGGGAAUGGGGGCGGGGAAUGGGGGCGGGGAAUGGGGGCGGGGAAUGGGGGCGGGGAAUGGGGGCGGGGAAUGGGGGCCGGGGAAUGGGGGCCGGGGAAUGGGGGCCGGGGAAUGGGGGCCGGGGAAUGGGGGCCGGGGAAUGGGGGGCGGGGAAUGGGGGGCGGGGAAUGGGGGCCGGGAAUGGGGGGCGGGGAAUGGGGGCCGGGAAUGGGGGCCGGGAAUGGGGGCCGGGAAUGGGGGCCGGGAAUGGGGGGCGGGGAAUGGGGGCCGGGAAUGGGGGCGGGGAAUGGGGGCCGGGAAUGGGGGCCGGGAAUGGGGGCCGGGAAUGGGGGCCGGGAAUGGGGGCCGGGAAUGGGGGCCGGGAAUGGGGGCCGGGAAUGGGGGCCGGGAAUGGGGGCCGGGAAUGGGGGCCGGGAAUGGGGGCCGGGAAUGGGGGCCGGGAAUGGGGGCCGGGAAUGGGGGCCGGGAAUGGGGGCCGGGAAUGGGGGCCGGGAAUGGGGGCCGGGAAUGGGGGCCGGGAAUGGGGGCCGGGAAUGGGGGCCGGGAAUGGGGGCCGGGAAUGGGGGCCGGGAAUGGGGGCCGGGAAUGGGGGCCGGGAAUGGGGGCCGGGAAUGGGGGCCGGGAAUGGGGGCCGGGAAUGGGGGCCGGGAAUGGGGGCCGGGAAUGGGGGCCGGGAAUGGGGGCCGGGAAUGGGGGCCGGGAAUGGGGGCCGGGAAUGGGGGCCGGGAAUGGGGGCCGGGAAUGGGGGCCGGGAAUGGGGGCCGGGAAUGGGGGCCGGGAAUGGGGGCCGGGAAUGGGGGCCGGGAAUGGGGGCCGGGAAUGGGGGCCGGGAAUGGGGGCCGGGAAUGGGGGCCGGGAAUGGGGGCCGGGAAUGGGGGGGAAAUGGGGGGGAAAUGGUGA